UCACAAAUCACUCAACAGUAUCAGUUUUAAUUCAAUUCUUAACCGAAAACUACCAAAACAUAAUUUUCAACAUGUUCAAAUUCUUCGCUGCUUGCUUUUUGGCUAUCGUCGCUAUUGUUGCCGCUAAGCCAGCUGUAAUUGCACCUUUGGCAUACUCUUCUCCAUUGAUUGCAUCCCCAUACACCACUGCCUACACUGCUAGCUACGCUUCCCCAUAUGUUGCAGCCUCAUCGCCUUAUUAUGCUUCACCAUACGCCGCCUACUCUGCCUACCCAUAUGCCGCUGCUUCAUACUAUGUUCGUUAAGGCACAUUUGUUGACAUAAACAAAAAAAAUUAAAUUAAUGUUGACGAAAAAAAAACAAAAUAAAUUUAAAAAAAUGCAAAACUAAAAACAUAA